GAAGUCAGAAGUUUUUUUUUCUGCCUUUCUUUUCUCAUUUCCUCUCUUGCUUAUCUUUCAUAUAUUUGUUUUGGUUGCUUCCACUGAACCAAUAUACAACAGCAAAAAGCAAAGACAUCUCAGGAUUACACAUACCGUUCGUGAUUAAACUUAAAUCGCCAUGUCUCGUCGUGCAUCCCUUGUCGUUGCGUGCGCGGCCGUUCUGCUGGUGCUGCUCGCUGUUACCGCUUUCGCUGCGACGCCGCGAUGUGCUGAGGACGGCUCCCGCAUUGAGAAGGCGGUUGUGGCCUUCCCGGCCCUGCUGAGGGGUUCGCUGUCGUACAACGGCGUGAGCGGCUGCGCGUCUGACGCGCGCGCCUCCUUCGACAUCGUCAACCGCAGCGCCAUCUCGACGAUGGCGAAGAUGAACAACUGGGACUUCAUCGUGGCCCUCCGCAGCGCCGAUCCGGUGGUGUACACCCUCAGUGCGAAGUGCAACUCCGCGGUGGUGUGCGAGGCCCAAAUAACCUUCGUUGCGAAGUCCGACUAA